AUGGCUCUGUUGCUUUGGGCCAAGUUUGUGAGCCUUGAGGGCUGGAGAGGCUGCAGCGAGUGCUCACAAGACAUGGUGAGGAGACUCACUGCCCUGGACGCCGGGGACCAGGGCUCCACGAGGGAGCUGGUCUACUCCUGGAUGCCCGCAGACACCGUGCUGGAGCCGGUCAACGAUGACUGGAUGAAGGAGCCCACGGCCCAGCGGCCGCCCGGAGCCCUGCUGGGAGACCUGGACCGUGUUCAGCAUCUCGCGGAGCAGUUCUUCCGGGAUGCCAACAUGGUGUAUGAGAUCAGUAAGGAUGAGAUGAAAUGGCAGGUGGAAUUCCCAGCCGCAUCUGGGCUGUCGGGCCUCUGGACCUCGGAGCGCAGGCCGGAGCUCACCGCACCGCUGUGCAUCUCACGAGCUGUGCAUCUCGGCGCCCGGGGCCACGAGGCCUGCGCGCAGCACCUGCUGGACCCUGGCGCUGACCCCGACGCCAGCCCGGGACCGCGGUCCCCUGCGUCCCCAGCACGAGGCCUGUCCAGGAGCCACACAGGGCCGGCGGCGCCCAGCCGGACCUGCCAACCCCCUGCGCCGCCCGGGACCGGGACCGGCUUCACACCGCCCUCCUCCGGCGGGCGGCGCGGGCGGCGCGGGCGGGGACACGCCGCUGCACGGGGCCGCGCGGCGCGGGCUCGACGAGCGCACACGCGCGCGCACGCGAGGAGCCACCGAGGCGAGACGGCGCUGAGCGCGGCGUGCGGCGCGCCCCGCGGGCCCGACGAGCGUGCGCGCGGCCGGCGGCUGUGCGCGCUGCGGCGGGCGCGCGCGCACCACGGGCCCUGGCGGGCCUCCCGCAGCGGCACGGCGCCGACGUGCGCGCGCUCGAUGACGCGGGGGCGGGGCGAGGGGGGGGGCCUCGCGCCGCGGGCCCGCGCGCUGCGGACGGUCGCCUGCGCGCUCGUGGCCGCGCCGCAGCGCACGGCGCAGGCGCCGCUCAGCCUGCCGUCGCGCCGGGCGCCCUCGCGCCUGACCAGGAGCCGAGGCGGGGAGCGACACCCAGGGAAAAUCCUCCAAACCCAAUUAGACAUGCCUAUGACAUUCCCACCUAGUCUCCAGCAACGAGAAAAAAACCACUGGGGACCCCCAGGCUGCUUGCUCAACCACACAGGAGGUGAGCCUGGCUUCACCGAGGGCAUCCUGCCCCCCUGCGCCUCACGCCUUGCCAACCCUGGGCUGGCCCUGUCAUUUCCUGAGGAAAUGCAGAAUGGCUUCAGGGCGGGUGUGCCAGACAGAUGUGCCCCCGCCCGGAAGGAGCUCACCCCAGCAUCCCGCCUCCGGGGCACGGACUGUGACAGCGUCUUAUUGCCUGUCGCUAACCUCAGCCCGAUGCUGAGGACCUGCGCCCUGGUCCCCGCCAUCACUGAGGUUCUUUUCAGCUCCUAUGCUCAGCUCCGUGUGUCCGAGUCAUGGAGGGAGCCGACCCCUGACCAGACUGCAGGCCCCGUUCCCGCGCCGUCCAGACCUAAAGCCGCGGCCGCGGGCUCCGAGCGGCACGCGCGGGCCCCGGGGCUCCGCGAUCGGAAUCCCGGUCCACCACCUCGAGACGCGGCGGGGCAAACGCGCCACCGGGCCGCGGGGCUGGGGGAGAGCUGGGUGCGGGAGCCCUGCGGAGAGGCGGCCCUGCGUGCGGCCCGCGCCCGCACCCCACCCCGCGUGCAAACGGGGGAGCCGAGCCCUCCCUAA